AUGUCUCAAGAACCUAGCCCUGACAGUGAGAAGGCAGUGGCAUGGGCGCUCAAGAACCACAUUCGUCCAUCAGACCGAGUCACUCUGCUGCACGUGCGCCCAGUAGUUGAAAGCGGACCUGGCCUCUUUGCAGCCUACGCGGACUCAACACUGUCAGCAGAGGCAAUGGCAGAGGUCGAUCGUGUGAUUGAGAAACACAACGCCGGGGUGCGGAGGAAAUUCGUGAGCAAUCUGUCGCACCAGCUGGACCAGGCUAAGGUGCAGUAUGACAUAGUGGCAGUGCAGGACGCGGAUCCCAGGGAGCGCAUCUGCCACGAGGUGGAGAGGAUGAAGGCACACACGCUCAUCAUGGGUUCACGAGGGCUUAGCACUGUGAAACGACUGGUUCUUGGAAGUGUGUCGGACUAUUGUGUCAACCAUGCCACCUGCCCCGUUAUUGUCGUGCGGCCAAAGCAAUCAGAGACUGCUUGA